CGACGGAUGGACUCGUUCCUCAGAGGCGGAGGUGAGGGGGAGGAGGAGGGCUGAAGCGUGACGAUCUUCCCUCUUUUCCCCGAACGAGAAGACGCUUUUCCUUCCACCGUGGUCGUCCUCGCCUCCCGUGGAAGGAAAAGUUUACAGAGACGAGGGAAACGCGAGCACGACGACCGCCGCGAAACGACCCCUUCCGUCCUGGACCGCCGAGGGAAACGCAUUUCCAGACGUGCUAAGCGCCGCGAACAUCGAGAACGUCACCAUGAGGAUCAAAAUGCCCGCGGUCAGGAUCGCGCAAGCGGAAACCUCGCAAGGUACCACAUCCCCAGACACCGUCCAAUGCGGGGGUUGCAGAGCGUCCUACCCCCUUGGCGAGAUCGUACGGUUCAUCGAGCACAAGGUUAACCACUGUCGGAGCACGCUCCAGGGCUGCCACAGUCCAUCGGCGACGGCUGCUCCGGAGGACUCCGAUCCCGAGGACGCCCUAGCUCUGAAGGCCGUCGAUCAGGACUCGAAGCUCAACUCCGUGCCCAGCAUAUCCGCGCCCAUCAACAAAAGGGCGGGGGGCAGGCUGGAAAGCCCUCCGACGCCUCAGGGCUCGGGCCCGGACACCGGAAGCCCGAUCGAGCUGAAGGCUAGCGCCAGCUCGACGCCCAAAAGACGGACGGAGCCCUCCGACGAGGAUAAAGAGGAUCUUCCGAAGAAACCCAAGACGGAGUCCGUGGACGCGGACACGAACACAGUCAAUUCCGAACCGAGAUGGCUGCAGUGCUCGCAGUGCUCCAGGAGACUGUCAUCGGCCUGGGAGCUGCUGCAGCACGUGCAGAGCGUGCACGGCGCCAGGCUGUACACCUCACCGUCGUCGUCGACGAAUUCCUCGUCGAACACGCCGGCCCCGAGUCCGCCGACGCCCACGCCGACCCACGCUCACCAUCUGAGUCCGCCGAAUCACUUGAACCUGAGCGGCAAGUCGACCGGGAGCUCGUCGGCGGCGAACUCGUCCGGCGGUACGAACUCGAGCGGCAGCAGUGGUGGACGACAGCAACUGCAGUCGUCCGCGUCGCUGGUAGGCGACCCGCUCCACAGCUUCCUGAGGCUACCUCAACACCUGGAGCGCAGCUUCCCGCCGAUGUUCAGGUCAGACUUUCUGGCGCUGAACCCGCUGGCCGGUUACAGGGGCCUCCAAGAGCUCCAGACCGCGACCAGGAACCUCCAGAACCUCGGCGAUCCGCUCCGAGGCAUGGACGGUCUGAACCUCGGCGACCCGUUGGUUCGUAGCUCGUUGGACUCGCUGAACAACGCCCGCAACCUGGCGAACUUGGCCGAACUGUCGCACGGUCGCGGUCUGGCCGGCCAAGCGCAUCCACCACCACUCGAGACCAACCUGGAUUUUUACUCGGCGCGCCUAAGGAGCCUCGCUAAUCCGUCCUUAGGCGCGGCUCCACCUAAUAGCGGGAACACCACGACCAACGCGAAUCCCCCUGCCCCGGUACCGCCUGUACCAGUGCCAAGUACCGUCCAGCAGCAGCAACCGCAACAGCCGAUCCAGAACCACGCGCAGUCCGUCGAGCCCCCGAGCCCGGCGGGGAACAACCCCGCGAUCAUCGCUCACGCCAACCACCAGAAAGAGAACUCGCCGCCCUGCUACAACCAGAGCCCGGUCGGCCACCACAACAACAACAACUCGACGGACAGCGAGAAGACCAGCCCGCCGGUCGCCUCCACCCCUAUCAUCACCGAUUCCGCCUCGGAGACCAUCUACGCGUGCGAGGUGUGCGAUAAGAAAUUUCGUUUCCAGUCGAAUCUGAUCGUACACCGACGGAGUCACCGGGACAAGGAGAGGCAGUACCAGCAAGAGGGCACCCAGGAUGGUCAAACGACGCCCACCAGGUGCGAGGUAUGCGAGUUGGAGCUGGCCAACUUCGCGGAACUGAGGAAGCACAUGAGGAAGGAGCACCAGGAGGCUCUGAACGCGGCCAGUCCUCAGGGCAGCGUCGAGACCGUGCCGGACGACGGGUCCAGCUGCGACGAGAACAUGGACCUGGACGAGGCGGAGGAGAACGACCAGAAGGCGGAACGCGAGGACACCGAGAACACGCCGGAAGAUCUGAGCACCACGCAGGGUCAGAGCGGGGAGGAGAGCAGCGGCCGGGUCGAUCAAAAACCGGCCAGCUUGGUGGGCGACCUGAUGGAAAAAUUUGGCUUGAGCAACAUAGCGCAGUACUCGGAGGCCUACCGGCAGGCCCUCCAGGAGAACCAUCGCGGAGGAUUCAUCAAGACGGAAUCACCGUCGAACCUGACCAACUCUCUCAACAACAACAAAGAGAAAGACAGCGCCCUGUCGCCCACCAACUUCAAUUCCUCGACCACGCCCAACAUAUUCUCCGGCCAGGGUUUUCCCAGGUCCUCGGGGCCGGACUUUGGCGGCCUCUGGCUACCGAGUCCCCACUAUCUGGAGAACAACGAGUUCCGUAAAGCGACCAAGGCCACCACGUCCAGCCUGGCUCUCCAGGGCUUGCCCAGCCCGUUGCUGAAAAAGGAACGCAGCGGCAGAAACGACACGUGCGAGUACUGCGGCAAAGUGUUCAAGAACUGCUCGAACCUGACCGUUCACAGGCGGUCGCACACCGGCGAGAAGCCCUACAAGUGCGAGCUGUGUUCGUACGCGUGCGCCCAGAGCUCCAAGCUCACCAGGCACAUGAAGACGCACGGUCGACACGGCAAGGACACCUACAAGUGUCGUUUCUGCGAGAUGCCGUUCUCGGUGCCCAGCACGCUCGAGAAGCACAUGAGGAAGUGCGUGGUGGUGGUGCAGCAGGGACCCAAGCUGGGCAUGUCCUACCCGGGCAGUCAAGACGAGGACUCCUCCUUGAGUACUAAGGAUACUUGA